GCUUGAAGCAGCACCGGAGAAGAAUAGCAUGUGCAUAAAAUUUCUUCAAUCACUACUACAGUAACAAAGACUGAAAAAAUUCAUCAUUCAGCAGAAGAGGCACAACAGAGCAGGAUGAAGAUGCCCCGGAGGCCGAUCCAAGCCGUGACGACAUGGGUUAAGCGGCAACCGCCCAAGGUGAAGGCCUUCCUCGCCGUCAUCACCGGCAUGGCGGCGCUAGUGUUGCUCCGAGCCAUCGUCCACGAUCACGACAACCUAUUCGUUGCCGCCGAGGCAGUUCACUCCAUCGGAAUCUGCGUCCUCAUCUACAAGCUCAUGAAGGAAAAAACUUGCACCGGUAACCUCGCCUGUUCGAAUUUUCUCACAAUCUCUGAAAUUCGUCGAUAAAUCUAAUGAAGGGAAUUAUUAAUUCGUCCAUUAGUUCUUAGUUAUAUAGGUGCCGAUUUGAUCCUGGAAUUAUAAGAUUGACACUUUUCCUGCUAUAGAUUAAUUUCGGGGAUGGAUUUAGGGGUUUAACUGAAAACUACGACAUUUUAUCAUUUUAAUGUGGUUAGAUUUUAACUUCAUCAGCCUAAAUUGUUGAUGAAAUCAUGUUUAUGUUCUGUGGCUCAGUUAUGUAGUCUGGUGUAACCUAGGGCUCGUUGACUUUGCCUAAUCUUCUUUUUUCAGACUUCAGCAUAGGUCAUAUUGUAACAAUCUUACGGCAUUUUCAAGAAUUCCGGUGGCACUUAUUCCCUUAUCCUUUCAAGUAUACAUGUGAACAAGAAGUUGUUUCUAGAAGUUUCCUAU